UUUUUGGGUUUUUUUCGGGUUUCAAGUCAGUAUUUUGGUUUCAUUCCAUGUUAGGGUUUUAAAUUUAAUUUUCAAUCUAGUGUGGGGAUUAGAGAUUCUAAAAAUAUUUCUCCAAACAAAAGCUGGUUCACUCCGAGGGUUCCAUAUGGAACCAAAUUAUUGCCACCAGGAUUUGAAUUUGAAAUGUAAGGUGAUGACAUUUUCAAUAGUUGCUACAAAUCGCUGUUUGAAAUUCACCGUCCGUGCCACCAGGCGGGGCCACUUCAGGUCAGAACCGAACACCCGGCCAAUCGCAGUCACGCUUACAUACGACAUACUUCGGCUAAUCUUUAUUCCUCUCCUUUCCAUCUUUCUAAUCGUUCCUCCGCCUGCUCCCUGCCUUCACUGCAGAUCACAAUAUCUGCGAACAUCAUGGUCCAAAGGGGGUUCCAGUCUAACCUCGUCUGUUAGCGUACACGUUACUGCCUUAAACGGGAAGGGGAUCAGCGCGGAUCCCUGAUGCAGUCCCAUCUCCACCUUAAAUUCUUCUGACACGCCUUCGGCACAUCUCGCUGCGGUUCCGCUGCCCUCGUACAUGUCCUGUACUAUUCUUAACAUAUUUGUCCGCCACACCGGACUUGCACAUGCAGUACCACAGUUCCUCUCUUGGUACUCUGUCAUAGCCUUUCUCUAGAUCCACAAAGACACAACGUAGCUCUUUCUGACCUUCUCUGUACUUUUCCACGAGCAUCCUCCAUUUCCUCCAUUCUUCUGGCAUCUUCUCUCCCGCUAGUAUUCUGUUGAAUUAAUUGCUCAAAAACUCCACAGCCACCUCUCGAAAUUGCUUCCACACCUCCACUGGUAUCCCAUCAGGACCAACUGUCUUUCCAUUUACCUUUUAAAAUUCAAGUCCCGUUUUCUACGGUAUUUCAAAUUCAAAUCCUGGCGGCACUAGUUUACUUCCAUAGUCCCACAACCUCCGCGGCGGAGAGGCUACGGACAGGCGCGUCGCCGGAUCAACAGGGAGACCUGUUUGGGUCUAAAAUCUGGGCUUCAUUUGGAUCUCAAGAAGAGCGGACAUUCCUUCGAGGGACAGGAAAACGGCAAAUUCCAGACACGCUAGGACUGAAAGCCGUUUCUGACCUGAGGAGUUUCGGAGACGUCGCCUGUCGUCUUCCUCGCGGUUGAAAUCGUCUGAGAUUGAAGUGCAAAACCCGUCUUGUUUUUCUCACUCUGUACACGUUGAAAUGUGAUCGAAACGAUUUCCCUUUUUUAUCUCGUCGUCGUCGUUGUGACAUCGUCGCAGCGACUUUGCACAACAACUCUCCACAUCCUGAGUUGUGUCAAAGCGAGCCGACCCCGCGGCAGCGUCGCUCGGAGUCAGGGCGGCGGGUAAUAUUUUUUGCGCCCCCACCCCAACCCCGGCCAAGUUUUCACAGAUGGACCACGUGCCUCAUAGCUACGUUCAGACUUCGUCCAUCGUGGCGGCGAACGUCAUGUGGUGGAUGCUGAUGAUGGCUGGCAUCGGUUUGGGCGCCGCUCAUCUGGCCCUGUGCCCGGCGCAGCCCAGAAUCCCCGUCUACCUUCUGGUUCUGGGCGUGUCCAGCCUGCUGGCUCUGUCCGGGACGUACUGCCGCUGCGUGUGGGACGCCGGCGCGGUGAGCACGCUCGGGACCGCCUGCACGGCCCUGCUGCACAUCUUCACGUUCUGCUGGUUCGUCGCAGGCAGCACGUGGGUGUACGGGGCGUACCCGCCCAGCUUCACGCCCGGGGCACCCCGGUACUGCCACAAGAUCACCUACAACUUCGCCUUCGUGGUGUCCACGCUGAUCUGGGCCACCACCGCGCUGUCGCUGUGGUGCUGCUUUUGGGUGCUGUCGCUGACCUGCUGGACCGCCGUCUCGGCGAGACACAGGCUGACGCCGGGCCGCGCCGCGUCGUACGGAACCGCUCAGCUGCUUCAAGAAGAGACCGCUGUCUGAUCCCGACCCAAGUUUGGACUUUUUUUUUUUUUUUUUCACUCUCUUGACACCAUUUUGCCUUUCUAUUGCUUCAGUUUGUUGGUAAAUUACUGUACAGUCACCUGAACUACAUAAAUUUUUUUUCCUCUCUUUUUAGUACAUUAUUUUUUUAAAAAUGCCUCAUUUCUUCCAUACAUUGCAAAAUAUAAAACAGAAAAGGGAUUUCCGUAAUUUCCGGCCUACAAGCCGCAACUUUUUUCACACGCUUUCAACCCUGCUGUUUAUGCGGCGAUGCGGCUAAUUUGUGGAUUUUUUUUUCCUAACGGCCGCAGGGGCGCACUCGAGCGGAAAAGGUAAGAGUGAGACCGGUGGAAAUACAUGUGCCGAGGAAGUGACUUUUACCGGCCCUGUUAGCGCUGUGCUAGCCUGCUGCUGCUGUGUUACUGGCGUGUCUCGGUGAUAUUUACCGGUAAGUUUUAUUUUCAACAAUCCUGCUAGCAAUAGCGUGACGUUCGUGGUAGCACUAGCGUUAGCGUUAAACUCCUUCCAUCUAUAGUCUUUCUUUGAAAAUAUCUCGUGUUUCAAUGUGGGCACUUGCGGCUUUUACACAGGUGCGGCGUAUGUAUGUACCAAAUGGUAUUUCCUUUACAAAUGUACUCUGUGAGGCUUGUUAGCGCCCUGGCGUGUCACAGUGAUAUUUAUCGGUAAGGUUUAUAUCAACCGGCCCUGUUAGCGUCAGUGCUAGCUUUAGUACUAGCGUAAACCCCGCGCGAGGAUUUAACUUUUUGUGUACCGUCUUCUGCGGCGUAUGUAUGUAUCAAAGGGUAUUUUCUUGACAAAUGUACUCGGCGAACUACGGUAAUAAUAUUUUAUUAGCAAUAAUGGGUUUUGGUUUCCAACAAAUAUCGUUUCAUGCUUGAGUUUUGAGUUUUAAAUGAGGGGUAGAAUUUAAAAUAAUGCUGCAAAUAACAUUUGAAAAUUUAGAUCAACUUUAAUUUUCUUCCCUUUAUUACAAAAUAGGACAUUACUUCAAAUUGACUGCAGAAAAUGUACAAUUCAAUUUCAGAUUUUUGUU